CCACUCUCAACCAUAAAAGAAGGGUAAAAGAGGUUAUCUCCUUAUAAAUACCCAAACUCCCUCUCCAUUACCUAAUACCAUCAACCCUUCCCUUCUUAUACUCACAUUUUUCUUACAAAGCCUUUGUUUUUUUAUUUUUUCCCAAUCCCCGGCUCCCCGUGGAAAAUGCCUGGAGCAGCUGACAUCUCAUCGUCACCGGCCGCCGGCGGCCAUGGGCAGACCGUUUGUGUCACCGGCGCCGGCGGGUUCAUCGCCUCCUGGAUCGUUAAGCUUCUCCUUGCUCGGGGCUACACCGUCCGAGGAACCGUCAGGAACCCAGAGGAUCCGAAAAACGAUCACUUGAGGGAGCUAGAAGGCGCAAAGGAGCGGCUGACACUUUGGGAGGCCGAUCUUCUGGAUUUCCACAGCCUUCGAGCUGCCAUAGCCGGCUGCCACGGCGUCUUCCACGCCGCUUGUCCAAUUACCGAUGACCCAGUAAAUAAUUUAAAGGAACAAAUGUUGAGGCCGGCGGUGGACGGGACCAAGAAUGUGAUAAUGGCGGCGUCGGAGGCCAAAGUCCGGCGGGUUGUGUUCACGUCGUCGGUGGGCGCCGUGUAUAUGGAUCCCAACCGGAGCCACGACGUGGUGAUGGACGAAUCGUAUUGGAGUGAUCUUGAAUAUUGCAAGGACACCAAGAAUUGGUACUGCUAUGGGAAGACGGUGGCUGAGCAGACGGCGUGGAAGCUGGCGAAGGAGCUGGGCGUGGAUCUGGUGGUGGUGAACCCAGUGGUGGUGCUGGGCCCGCUGCUGCAAUCCAGCGUCAACGCGAGCAGCGUCCACAUCCUCAAAUACCUGGCCGGUUGGGUCAACACCUACGCCAACGCGGUCCAAGGCUACGUCCACGUCAGGGACGUGGCCCAGGCCCACGUCCUCGUGUUCGAGGCCCAGCCCGCCUCCGGCCGGUACCUCUGCGUCGACAGCGUCAUCCACCGCGGCGAGGUGGUGGAGAUCCUCGGCGAGCUCUUCCCGGAGUAUCCUCUGCCCACCAAAUGCUCGGAUGAGAAGAAGCCAAUAGCUAAACCACACAAGUUCAACUGCCAGAAGGUGAAGGAGCUAGGGCUGGAGUUCACACCGGUGAAGCAAUGCUUGUAUGAAACUGUCAAGUCUCUCCAGGAAAAGGGUCACCUUGCUACACUCCCGAAACGGCACUAAUUAAGCUAGGAAACCAGCUGCCACACCUAGGGAUGGUAAUUGGUCGGUAGUUGGUCUACCGAUUAUCACUAUAUCGAGCCGUCUGAAUAUGUUCCCGCCAAAUUAUUGAUUAAACCGUUAACUAGAAAACCAGAAUACCCGUCAUAGCCACACCAGAUCAAGAUGAACUCAUAUGUUAUUGUACUAUAUAUACUUUAUGCCCUAGCUAGCUAGAUCUCAUCUUGCACUGCUUAACUAGCUAGGGAUCAGUAACGAUGUAUUUUGGUUCCAAUGUUGGGUAAAGAUACCCUAAUGAUUAGUUGAAAACGGAU